UCCCAUCUAGUUCUCAUUUAUACUCUAAUAUGAAUGACCGACUGAGCCCUGGAAGUGACCAAAACGACAAUGCGUCUUCGUCAUCUCCUCCCCUAGCUAUACCAAAUCUUGCCUUCAGCAUUGGACCUUAUGGACUUCCACAAGGGAAAGCCCUAUUGGGAAGUAGCCCAUCAGCUGUUGCAAUGUUCUAUCCCCAGAUCUCAGCCUAUGAAAUCCAUCCCCUUAUUAUCAAUCAGCGACGCCGCUCAGCAUUUGAUAAAUCAGAUCCAGAUUUGACUGGCUCUAGUGAUGAUUCUGGCCCUCUGGGUCUUGUCUCUAGCCCUUCUUUUGGUGAUUCAACUCCUCUGCCUCUCAGUCUAAGGCACCUUUAUAAGGAUACUUCUGUUGCACAAAAGCAGCGGAAUGUAAAGAGAAAAGUUCAAGCCAGAGACCCUCUUGAACUAACCCAAGAUGACUGUGAUGAAAUUUACUCUGGAAGCGAUAUUGCGGGAAGUAGUCAGCAAGAGUCAGAAGCAUCUGACUACUCGCCUAAAGCUCGAAAAUCUUUUUUCUGCCGAGCCUGUGGCAAGUCCUUUAAAUUCCAAACAUCCCUUCUUCGCCAUAACAACAAGGUCCAUAUAAGCAAGUAUCAGUGUUCUACUUGCAAUCGAGUUUUUUCGCGACAGGCUUACCUAGAUGUUCACACUUCAAAGCCUGGAAGUGCAUGCUACAUCGAUCCAUAUACCAUGCAAUCAUCAGGUAAAUCACAGAAUUCUGCACUGCCUUUGAGUAUGGGUAUCAAAUACGGAAAGUAGAUUUUAUGUGGACACAGAAUGACUCAGAGAACAACCAGUUAUCUUUUAAUCAGAGUAGGAACUGAAAUUGUUGAACGUGCUUUUGAAGCUGAUGAGGGGAGGAGUAUGUGUAGUAUUUUUCAAUGUUCACUGUAGUACAUUUCAUUAGUAUCUUCUUUGUUUUCCUUUCUUUCUUUGUAAUUAAAUUGUAUCUGAUAUCAUCGAUUGAUAUUUCUCAUAUAAUUGAGUUUUUAAGUACUACUGAGAUUUUCGAAUAAUAUUUAACUUAAACAAGCAAAGUUACCAUGUUUACAUGAUUAAAAGAAACCUUAUUUUAUUAUUUGCUGUUUUGAAUCUUUGACAAUGGUAUGUGUCCUAUUGUCUUGUCAUAAGCUUGUCUUGCAGGGGUCCUAGGGAAGUCAUUUCCUUGACUCUGCCCUUUUAGUUAGGUUGAACCUUAUAUCUAUGUGUAUCUUGUAAUUGUGUAAACACGGUUAGCAGGAAAUCCUUUUUAGCAUUGAUUGGGCAGCUUUUGACCCAUGAUUCUGGUCUACAGUAUUUACAGUACCUCAGUGUUUGUUCUUUGCAAUCAGGCACAGGAAAUUAUACUGAACAACCUUAAAAUUUUGUGAAAAUGAAUCUACUUUGAGUGGUUUUUAACCAAAAGUAGAAGUGCCUUGUCAAGUUCCAAUAAUACUUGUCAAAUGGGCAGUUAACUGUGUGUACAACUUGCUUAUAUAAUUUGAAUCUCAAUCCGUCUGUUCUGAUACAGUGUAAGCUUUUGGUGUGACAGGGAGCUAUUUGACAUCUUAUUGCUAAAGAAGUGAGUGUGUUGUUUUCAUUUUUAAUAAUCGGAGUAGUCUAAGAAAAUUUUAUGAAAGACUUGCCACAGUCAGUCAAAUGUAUCAUAGUACGUACUGUACUUUUGCUAGGGGAAUGUUAAUUACUGUUCGAUUUGCUUGUAAUGAGCAUUGUGCUAAAUUUUCUUUUUUUCAACAUUUGACACUUUUUCUUAAAGACUGAGGUACUGUCAUACUCACACAGAACACAGGGAUUUAAUCAUCCAUAUGUAUGGAAUACUUAUUUAUUUCCCACUCUAGUUUUCUUUGGCAAAGAAUCAGAAAUUUUGAAUCAAAAGACAUCUUUAAUCUGCCUCUGUUGGGUGACUCCCCUUUUCAUCAUCAUUAUUGGCUAUUUAUGUAUAUAUAUAUAUGCAUCAUGUGAGCAGAUCAUUUAUUUAAUUUAAGGUCUUUAAUAUUUGCACUAAUUAGCCCCUAACAAUUUCAAUGUAUGAACCAUAGCUAUCCUUAACUUUAUUCCCAAGAUGGGAAAAUACGAUAUUGACUCAGUUUUAUGAGUGAAAUGUUUUGAUGUACGGUAUGUAUAGCACAUACUUAUUUAUUUGUGCUUUCUUUUCUUUAUUUUAGGCCAGAGUUGCCAAUCAUAUCAGUAGAAUUUUACACUGUCCUACGUAGGCUUCAUUGAAUGUUGCUUGAGAGGUGAUCUUUGAUCUUAUAUUAGAGUUUGGAAAAAUAUGGACUGAAAUAGGUAUUUGCUGCAUUUGUUGUUUUAUGAAUUCUAAUUUAUAGUUUGGCUUUUGCUGAGAUUUAAAAUAUUAUUAUAGGGGGAAGAAUUUAUUGUGUUAGUUUUGUAUGAAUGUGAAUUGGACAGAAGAACUAGACUGAAAUUGUGAAGCAAUUCGUUCUUUGGGCUGUGACUCUAAUCUUUGAGCUGUGAUACUGUGGGACAUUGAGGAAAGGUUUGGUAUGCAAUUUCACUUUUACUGUAAGUUCUUCUAUGUAACUUGCAUUCAAUUAGGAAACCUUACUCUGAUUAUCAUGUGUGAUUUCAAAGUCUGCUCAUCUCCUCUCUUAUGUGUUUCUUGAAAGGACUGGUAUGGUUUUAACUUUAAACUUUGUUUUUAAAUACUGGAAUGCCCUUGUAUGAGUUGAAGCUAUUUCCAGUAACUUCCUGUUGCACUAGAUUUAUAAUUUUGAUUUACUAGUUCAAUGUAUCAGAAAUGAUUGAGUUGUGGCUUCUUAGGAAUACUACUUGUAAAUCGUUUGUGUGCAUUUGAUAGGCAUAUCAAAAUGGAAGGAGUAGGUACAUUGUCUACAACUUUACUAGACCACGUGCAGAUUUCAGGUUAUUUAAAAUUGGACUGAAAGUGUCUACAUAUUGAAUGUGUAGUUUCCCUUUUAAUUUUUCCCUUUUCUUUGCACUCUUUGCUUAUAUUUAAGACUACAACAUUUUAAAAUAUGUUCUAUGGUAGGAAUAUAAUGUUUUUAGAUAGUUAGUGCAUGUUUGUUAAUAUAUGGUGGAUCUAGUGAACAAGUCAUUGCAAAUGGUAUUUCUAGAGUAAUUUUAUUUUGCUUUUAAUGUAUUUUUAUUUCAAGGAUUAAUAGAGGCUUGCUUUGUAUUCUAUCUUUUGGAUGAAAUUCUAUAUUCUCUCUUGCCCUUAGGUGUUUAAUUUUUAAGAUAAUUGUGAUGUACAUCUUCAACUAUUUGUUCUUUACUACCUAAAGUUAAUGCAUGCUUUGCUUGUUGCCUCCACACCUACCGCUGUUUUCAAGACCAAGCUCUUAAGAUUUUACAUUUGUCUAUAUUUUACAUUUAUUGAUCAAAAAUUGCUCUGCUGGUCUCAUGAAGGUGGGAUUGUGAAUUAUGGUGACUUUACCAUCACAAAAAAGGUGGGUGGGCAAAAUUAAAAAUAAAAAUCUAUGCCCUGGUUAAUGACAUUUUCUUAUUUUUGGGGGGAGAAGUAAUUUAAAGUUGUAAGAUAUAUAUUAUCAGGUGUCUUGGUUGUAAACAUUUUCGUAACUGAUUUUUUUUUUCAUGAAUCUUUGUGGUGUGCAUUGAUCAGGGUAUUGAGCUACAAGUGUGUUGAAUGUAUGUACAUUAUUUGACUUUGUGGGUCUUUUUAUGUCAAAGGCAGUGGAGCCACAAUUCUAAACAAUUACAUAAAGACUGUAUUGAGGGAAAAAACGGAAAUGCGGUGACACUUUUUGAAAUUUGUGAUGACCGGGUUAGGCCCUUUUUUUUUUAGUUUUUUGUUUUCUUGAAUGUUGGUAAAAAAGUAAAAAAUAUCAACCUUUGUUCGUUUAAAGGGUAACUUGAAUCCCUUUCAAGUCACAGCAAGAAUUAUUGGUUGGGUGUGAACAUUUUCCUCUGUUCUAAUGUCAGAAGGUUCACACUAACUUUAUUUAUACCCUCAUAAGUGACAACAAGAAAAGCGUACAAUAGCUGUUUGUGUCAGGUGUUCUAAACUGUGUGUACGUACAUUUUAUUUUUCUUAUUCUUUACAAAAACUUUGUUCUGUAAAGUAAAGGUCCUGUUUACAGUGUGAUAUUCUUUAAAGUAUGAUAACUCAAAACUUUACAAUGGUACAGAAAAUCACAAUUUUGUUCAUUGUCAUAAACAUUUUUUAAGACUGGAUCCACGUGUUUGGAUAAGCUAAAUGCUUUUGGUGACUUAACUUCAAGCAAAGAUUGUUGUAUUUUGAUUUGAGUUUUUUAAUUCUGAAAUCAAGAAAAAAAAAAGUACUACAAAUCAUUAGUAGUUUUGAGUAUAUGUAGUAAUGAAUGGAUAAGCUUGAUCCGUAAGGGUAUGAUUCCUUUUUUACUUCCGUGAGAAAAAUAUUAUAAUUGAUAAUCAUAACUUCUUAUUCUGGCUCGAUUAUCUGGUCACCCACUAAACUUCUUUUUCUUUGGCAUGCAACCCAUUCUACUUUAGUCGAGUGCAGGUGAGAGGGGAAGUUGGUAGACACUUGUCUUCACUAAUGUGUAGCUUGUGCUAUCUGAAGAAGUACAGCAGUAUGGGAAGCUUACCCUAGAGAAAAGAAAAGUUCAUGUGGGCCUCUGUUACAAAACUCCCUAUCUACCUACCGUUUCUUGCAAUCAAAUGAAUUCAGGGCCUCAAAUUUUUUAAAAAGGUAUAAUGACGCUGAGUUAGCUGUGUUUAAUGUGGUGUAGUAAUUUGAAAAUCUUGUGCAUUUAUUUAGAGUUUCCCUUUUUAAAAUUGAAAUGGUUUAAUGUAUAUUUUUAUACUGUUGUUCCUCACAAUUAUUUAAAAUUUAAUUGGAAAUGCUAAUAAAUUUCUUAUAAGAAAGUUAUUCCAUCCUCUGUGUACAGAAAUAAUGUCUUCUUCUAUUGUAGGUUUUCAAUGUUUGGUCUAAUGUUUCGCUAUCGACCUGUGACUACAUACUAACUCUUGGUUUGUCUUGGUGUUAGGUAUCAGACAACUGUAGAAAACAUUUACCUCUUGUAUACAACUUUACCUGCCCAGUUAGUCUUAGGGGCAUGUUUACAUUGGAAAAAAAACUUGUAGUAUAGACCAAUUUUUUAAAAAUUCAAAAAUUCAAUGUUGUCUCUCUAAAACAUUAUCUAUCAUAAGUAAUGCUUCUUAGUACUAAUUUCUGGGAAGUACUUAGACAAACUCAGUGUUAGAUAAGUGUAGUAGGCCCAGUGAAAUGUUCUGUUGGUCACAUUCUAGAUAGAAUUUGAUGUGAUAUGUAAUUGAUUAACAUGGGAUUAUAAAUUCAAUGAGGAUUCUCUAACUACCUAAAAGAACAUGUGUACACAAUAAUGCAUACCAUUAGGUACAAAACUGGAAAAUAAAUUUGUUCCAAACAA